AUGGAAAAUGAAAAUGCGGGCGCGAUUUAUUCAACGAUCGAUCGCACAACGCCAAUGCCCGAGCAUAGCGGCUCAUUUUUUUACAGCGAAGGGCCGACCAAUCCAACGUAUGAGUGUAUCGAUCUGGAAUCCGAUUCUUUUUCUGAUCCGUUGUAUUCCAAGCUGGAAAAUGGUGUUCGCUCAACGAGACGGUACGAUUAUCCCAUUUUCGCCCCAGCGUUGAGUCGGCCCGUUCACACUGUUGCGGCUGCAGCACGUAUCACUGCUGAUGAGUUCUACCAGAGCUCUUCGCAGAUAUAUGCAGGCGUUAGUGAAGAUCCGUACAGCUCGAUAACAAGUCAUGCAGGCGGUGAAACGAAUUAUGACCUUGGCUAUAGCCGUGUAAACGAACGCACAACAGGCAGCAGUGCACCUGCAGAGAAUCAGAAUCUCGAACAGCUUUACACACAAGUGAGCUAA